AUGAAAACGGUUCUAACUCUGAGCAUCUUUCUUGUGACCGCAAGUGCCAAAGUGUUUGAGAAGUGCGAGCUUGCUGGUAUUUUGAAGAAUGGAGGAUUAGAUGGUUUUAUGGGAUACCCUCUGAAAGAUUGGGUGUGCUUUGUGCAACGUGAAAGCAGUUAUCGCACCGACGCAGUUAAUCACGACAGGAGAACUCAUUCCACGGACUACGGACUUUUCCAGAUCAACAGCAAGUGGUGGUGUGACGAUGGAAUGACUUCAAAUUCACGCAAUGGUUGUCGGAAAAACUGUGCUGAUUUUCUCGAUGAUGACAUCUCAGAUGAUGUUCAGUGUGCAAAACGAGUGGUGAGUGAUCCCCAAGGAAUGCGAGCCUGGUAUGCCUGGGUGAAUUAUUGCCGGAGAGAAUCGAGCUCCCUGCUGAGGGAGUGCGGUCUGUAACAGGGCACGGAGCCCACUCACUGCAACUGCUUCCUGCAAUCAAGUCAUCGCUUCUGCUAAUUAACCUGCAUUGGUACAAAGGGGCCAAACGAUUCUUGAUUUUCCACAAAUGUUCCUUGGGUGUUAUGUAACAAUUUUCUGUGCAUUUGAUUGGGGAGAUGAUUGGAACUUACUGUUGUCCACUGAUUGGGACUUACUGUUGUAUACUGAUGUCAUGCCAGCAACAGCCAUGUCGACGCAACAAAAUAGGAGCAGGAGGAGGCCACCCGCCCCUCAAACCUGCCCUGUCCAUUCAAUAUGAUCACGGCUGAGCUACCCCUGGCCUCAUCUCCUCCCCUGUCCCGCAACCCCAUAGCUCUCCAUCCCCCAGUCUUUCAGAAGUGUAUCCCCCUCCACCUUAACUACAGCUAAUGAUCUAACCUCCUCAACCGUCUGGGGCAGAAAGUUCUAGAGAUCCACCAACUGCUGUAAAACAGGAAGAAGUUUCUCCGCACCCCUCUGUGAAAAGAAAUUUCUGCACGUGAGCAUCGGUGUGGUGAUGUGAUGCCGGGGUCCAGUCUCUCAGUCCAGUCCCGUGUACUGUUCUGGUCAGGCAGUGUGGGUGUAUAGGACAACUAGGGAAUCCCAGUGUUCCAGGCUCACUGGGUUAGAGAACCCAGCCAAUUGGCCACAUUUCCCAACCCUGAUCACCAGCCAGUGAUCAGUGCUGUGGUCCCCAGUGAGCCAAGGUCAUCACUCCCACCACCUGCAAUGUUUUCCCAUUCGACAAUGACUCGAUGCUGCUGACCGGUUCUUGCUCAGCUGGUUGCCCAGGGUUGAGUAACGGUGAGAGAUCAGUGUCACAGUGUGACUCUCUCUGGUACACACCCGCUUCCAGAUGGUGAGCUCUGGACUGGAGAGACACUGUAUAAGUGACUAU